AUGGCUGAUCGUCAGCGGGUUCCUUACCAAACUCCGCCGCCGAGCCCUCAUAGGUCUCCUUCAUAUAGAAUCCCUGACAUAUCUCCGCCAGGGGGUGCUUCGUCUAAGUCUUCACAAUUAUAUCCUCGUGCUCAGAAGACUUCAUCCUCUUCGGGUCUGAGAGCUUCUUCUGUCAAGAAAGGAGAUCAACCGAAGGGUCCUCCUGGAUCUAGGUAUGUUGUUACUCGUCCCUCUGCUCCUCCGCGUGCCGGUUCAACAAAUACACAGACUCCCUCUCCUCAUCGCGCUGAACCGCUGGAUGUUCCACCUCUUCGUUCCGUUGCCCCACCUUCGAUUCCCCACCAGAGGCCUUCAGAUCCACCUCCAGUAGUCCCUACUAAGGUAAAAUAUACUAAGGGUACUGCUUCGAAGACUGAUUUAUCAAAUAAUCCCCCCACUAAGAGGAAAGCCUCGGAUAUGAGUCCUCCGAAGAAGCCUUCGUCAGAUCCUGCUGAUGAUUCGGACGCUUCCCCAGUAAUUCAAAGCGUCGCGGUUGGUAAGAAGAAGGUCACAUUCAAGCAUAUAGAUCUUGCCGCGUUCAAGGGAAAGCAUGAACUCGACGCUUUUGAAGUAAGGUUUUAUGCUCCCGAUGGUGAUCUUACUUAUGAUCUGAUUUCGAAGUAUAAAUACGAUGAAUUCCAUUUGCUGACUACGGUGUGGGCCUUCGAAGCUGGUCUCAUGUUGCCAUUAUAA